AUGUCGCGCGAAAACAUAGAUGAUAAGUUCAAAGCGAUGAGCGUGAAAGAGCUUCAAAAAUAUUUAUCGGAUCACGGCGUUACCGUAAGCGGCCAUCUAAAACCUACUUUAAUCAAUAUUGCAUCUUCUGUCGAAAAAAUGGGGUUGCCAGUUGAUCCGAAUUUUACAAAGGAUGACCAUAAAGAAAGUCUGGAGCGUCGAUUAUUUAUUCAUGAUAUUCAAAUAAACGACCCGUUUACCAUGAAAACAGAGAACAACUUCGUCCAGUCACCCCCAUUUGGAUUGUACGAUAUAUUUAAUCAUUUAAUAUAUCAUUCCACCGUAUAUGAUAAGCAAGGACUUGCUUCAUACAAGUCAUACGAUGAUUACAGACUGUUUGUAAACGGUUAUGUCCAUUCGUUACAAGCAACAACUUUACAAGAUUGUGGAGUUCAUGUGUACGUUGGUAAAGUGCAGCCAAGCAUGAAAUCAACAACUGACGACGGCAAAAGGUUUUACGAACUGUGGUUUAUUUUAGAAGGUCGUGGACCAAAUCGUGGUAGUGUUAUAGAUGCGUUUUGUACAUGUAAAGGAGGCAGGGAUGGUGGGUGCAAACAUAUAGCCGCUGCAAUGUAUUCGCUCGAGGAUUUGUUGAACACCCGUGAGGAGGAUAGCGUGACAAGCGGACCUUGUAAAUGGACAAGAAAACCUCGCGUGAACACAGAGCCUUGUCCUGUGAAGGAGUUAAAUAUUACGAAGGAUAGGAUUGCACCUGCAGUUAAAGCAAAGAAAAGACCAUACCAGUGGCUCCAAAAUAAAGAUUUUGAUCCAAGGCAAAUUCAGAAACCCGUAGACAACGAGGAAAUUGCACGAUUUACGUCGAGAAUGAAAGAAUUGAAUCCUGGAUCACCCCUCUUCCCACUGCUGAAUAAAUUAUAUUUAUCAACAGAUGAACCUUGCAAACCAACUUCACCUGCUUGUACCAAAGCACCACUGUCUGACCAGCAGAAUAAACCAUCUUUGGGUAUAAUGGCACAAAAAAUUAUCAAGUUACUCCAUUUACACAGAUCCCUAAGUCCAAAUGAUCUACUUGCAUAUUUGAAAUUCAGUGAUGAGGAAAUCAAAAAUAUAAAUGAAUCCACUAUUGAGCAAUGGCAAUCUGAGGACUGGUACAUUCACAAACAAGGGUUCCUGUCGGCAUCUAAAUGCAAAAACUAUUGCACCAGGCAAAACAGUAUUAGAGAAGGAAAGUUUGAUGGUUUUUGUAAACUGGCAAAACAGACUGUAAAUGUUUCAGCUAGUGUACCAAGGGAAAAAAUGCACAAGGACAUCAAUAAUCCUAGGGAAUGGGGAUUAAACAAUGAAGCAAAUGCAAGAAAUGCAUACAAGAAUGUACAAAGCCAUUUGCAUCAUAAUGUCCAACUUCAACAUUGUGGCUUCAUGAUAUCAGCUAAAAAACCUUUCAUGGGAGCAAGUCUUGAUGACAUUAGAAGUUGUGGGUGCAUAACUGGUUGCCCCAAUGUAGCUGUUGAAUAUAAGUGUCCAUGGUCGCAUAAGGAUAAAGAUCCCAAGGCUGCAUUUCUCUCAAAAGAAAUUGGAGGUGUUAUUGUCAAUAGUAAAUUAUGUUUGCAAACAAGCUGCAAGUAUUAUUAUCAAGUCCAGAUGCAGAUGUUUGUCAGUGGCUUGUUAUUCUGUGAUUUUGUUGUGUGGACAACAAAAGGAAUUCAAUGUGCAACAGUGCCAUAUGAUGCUAAUUUAGUUCAUGAAUGAUGUAAUUUUGCA